UUCCUCUUGGACGCUUGUCUCAGCUUUCUAAGAAGAAAGAAAGAAGAUAAGCAUAGUGAAGAAGAAACAGAAGAAGAAAGAAGAAGACGAAAGUCGGAAAGGGGAGCACAGACUCUCUUGGCAGUACUAAAGUGAGAAAGAGAUAGAUCAACAAGGCGUUAUGGGUAGGUCACCUUGCUGUGAAAAAGUCGGUGUGAAGAAAGGACCCUGGACUCCAGAAGAAGAUAUCGUCCUAGUUUCUUACAUUCAAGAACAUGGUCCUGGGAAUUGGAGGGCUGUUCCUGCCAAUACAGGUUUGCUCAGAUGCAGCAAGAGCUGCAGACUUAGAUGGACUAAUUACCUCAGGCCAGGGAUUAAACGUGGGAACUUUACUGAGCACGAAGAGAAGAUGAUAAUCCACCUUCAAGCACUUUUGGGAAAUAGAUGGGCCGCCAUAGCUUCUUAUCUUCCUCAAAGAACAGAUAAUGAUAUUAAGAAUUAUUGGAAUACCCAUUUGAAAAAGAAGCUCAAGAAAUUUGAAACGGGCCUUGAUGGUAAUGCCAAGGAUGGGUUCUCCGAUUCCCAGUCCAUGACAAAAGGUCAGUGGGAGAGAAGGCUCCAAACUGAUAUUCACAUGGCUAGGAAAGCUCUAUGCGAGGCCUUGUCUUUAGAGAAACCAAGUAGUUUGUGUGACUUGAAGGCUUCUAGUGGCUUCUACUCUAUGAUGCGACCAAACCAAGCAACUACCUAUGCAUCAAGCACGGAGAAUAUCUCAAGAUUACUCCAAGGAUGGAUGAAAAAUUCACCAAAAUCUGGACGAUCAACAUCUGAGACAACUCAGAAUUCUGUCAACAACAUGACUGGAACUGAUUCUACUUAUAGCGAGGGGACACCAAGCGCAAGCAACAAUACUGACAUAGUAUCACCAGAGGCCUUGGAAUCGCUGUUGGGUCUGGACUCUUCCACCCCAGGUGUCUCUCAAUCGGCAUCCCUCGAUGAGACAACCAAUAUUAAACAGGAGACUAACACCUUCCAAGAUGAAUGCAAACCCAAGAUGGAGACCCAAGUCCCUCUCUCAGUUCUUGAAAAAUGGCUGUUUGACGAGGGUGUGGCUCAAGCAGAAGAAGACCUAAUUGGGAUGUCAAUAUAUGGCACUGCUGAGAUGUUCUGAAAUAGGAACAAGCUAAGGAACUCUCCCUUUAUUUCUUGGGACACUUCGGUGUUAAUUUCUAUCUUUUUAUUUUAUUUUAUUUUUGUUUUCUAGGCCUUGAACACAUUUGACUUCCCGUGUGGCCUGAUCUGAAAGAGAUCGGAUCACCCAUGCACCUAAUGAGAAAUGGCUAAUGAUGGUAGAGAAAGUGUAAAUUACAAUUUACAAACGCCUCCGUAAGUAUUUUGAAUGUAUUGACUAAUUAUAUAAAAAUUCCCAUCCUAGUAAGUCUGUUUAGAAGGGGUUUAUUAUGCCUAAUUCAAUGAUACCAGGCCUAAACUGUGAGUAAAGCCUGAAAGUGAAAGUCCUUGCAGUUUGUGCAUCUUGUGGUGUGUAUAUCUAGAACGGGAUUUAUUUAAUUUCUCUUCUUUUA